UCGUCUAUCGCAGCCAGGAAAAUGUCGACUCAGAACUACUUUGUGUACGCUCCUGACUAUACGGACGAGGGCGCGUAUGCAAGGAGGCUGGAAGUGAGGCCGAAGCACCUGGAGAAUGCGAAGGCAUUAGUCGAUAAGGGGAUUAUCAAGAUCGGUGGCGCACUGAUUGACCCCGCCACUGAGCAUUCGGAGACCAAGAAGCUCAUCGGGUCGACGCUGUUCGUACAGGCAUCGAGCAUCGAUGAAGUGAAGAAGCUCGUCGAGAGCGACAUCUAUUGGACCUCGAACGUCUGGGACAAGGAGAAGACGGUCAUCACGCCGUUUGCGGGUGCUCUUCCAUGA